AUGGUCGCAGCGGCUGCCAUCACUCGCCCCCGUGUAGCCUUCCGCUCCGCCGCUACAGCGGCCCCAGGCAGGCGGUCAGUGCGGGUGCAGGCAGGUCCUGCCACCCUGGCGCUGCCCGAUAGCAUCAGCAAGGUGCUGCCCAAGGGGGACCUGGUGCUGGCUCGCGUGGCGGAGGCAGAGGAGAAGACCAAGGGCGGCAUCCUGCUGCCCGGAUCCGCGCAGUCGCGGCCCACCAGCGGCGACGUGGUGGCGCUGGGCGACGGCCAGGUCGGCGCCAAGCAGCACACCUUCACGCUGCAGGGCGGCGAGACGGUGCUGUACAGCAAGUUUGGCAUCGGGGUGACGGAGCUGGAGGUGCAGGGGCAGACGCACAUCCUGCUGCGGGAGGACGACAUCAUCGGCAUCAUGCCCCGCCCCAACGCCACCGCAGCAGACAUCCCGGAGCUCAAGCCGCUGGGCGACCGCAUCCUCGUCCAGGUGCAGGAGAGCGCAGACGUGACGCUGGGGGGCGUCAUCCUGCCAGACAGCGCCAAGGAGCGGCCGCUGAGCGGCACCGUGGUGCGCUGCGGCCCCGGCAAGAUGGGCGACGACGGGCAGCGCAAGGCCCCCAAGGUGAAGGAGGGGGACAGGGUGGUGUACUUCAAGUAUGCGGGGGACAGCAUGGAGACGCCUGCCGGCGAGAAGUACACGGUGCUGCACGAGCAGGACAUCCUGGCGCGGCUCUGA